AUGCGCAAACCUCCCAGCAAUGAGAUUUCUGUAUAUUUUUCAGGAGAAGGGAGUGUAAAUCAGCUGGGUGGUGUGUUUCUGAACGGACGUCCUCUGCCUGUCUACAAGCGCAGACUGAUGAUUGAGCUGGCGACUGAGGGAAUGAGACCAUGUGAGAUCUCCAGAAUACUGAAGGUCUCCAACGGCUGUGUUAGUAAGAUCCUGGGCAGAUUUCAACGCACAGGAGCCAUUGGCCCUAAAGCAGUUGGAGGAAGCAGACCCAGACUCUUGACUCCUGAAGUCAUCUCCAUCAUAGUUCAGCACAAGAGACAAAACCCCACACUGUUCGCCUGGGAGAUCCGGCAAAAGCUGGCAACAGAGAGAGCAUGCAGAGGAGAUCAAGUGCCAAGUGUGUCUUCCAUUAACCGGAUACUCAAGAAGAUCCAUCAAGAUGAGGACAUUGCAUAUCCAAACGAAAAACACUAUCACACAGAACAACUGAAUGUACAGAGCCAUUUUCAGCAACAAAUGAACACAAACUUGCCAAGAACUGCUCAUCGAAGCAGAACCGCAUUCACAGCAGAUCAGAGCGGGAGAUUAGAGAAAGAGUUUACCUGUGGGCUUUAUCCAGAUCUGCUGACCAGAGAAAAGCUCGCAGAGGAGACAAACCUUUCACAGGACACUAUCAAGGCAAUUAAGAUUUAAAAGUUAAAAUGGUUGAACAUUAGUCAAAUGAAAAACAAAUACAUAUCUGACUUGAUUUUGAUGUUUUGUUUGAAGGUUUGGUUCUCUAAUCGUAGAGCGAGGAUGAGGAGGGAGCGAAAGUUUGAACACAAUGACUGUGGUAUAGCUAGGCCAGGGUUUUUGGGAAACUGCAGGAAUGCUUUGAUUUCUCUGUCAUCGACCGCUGGCUGCUCAUUGGAUGAUUACAGAGCUCAUCACGCACCAUCUGCUUUUCCAUUGGCCGCUCAAAGAGACAGAAACACUUUUCCAUUGGCUCAUUUGAACUCAAAUGCUGUGUCGUCAUGUUCAUUUGAUCAAACAGAGAGUUUGAUGCCGAUGUGUCACCAUGGCAAUGAAGAAUUGGCUUACCGAUUGGUAUCACCGAACAUAGAUGAAAGGAUCCUACUGGCUAAUGGCACACAGUGGAUGAAUCAUAAAACCUUGACUGGACAAAAUAUUCCAAUGUUUUGAAUUCCAAAGAAGAACAUUGAGGUUAUGGGCAGUAGAGGGCGGCAAAGGAAAGAAAUUGCAGCAUUUGCUGCGGAAGGUGAUUUACUUUUAGACAAUAUUAUCUCUUUCUUGCUUCAUGAACAAUGCUAACAAAAAUUUUGAUUGUAUUUCUAUGUUAAAUGUUGUUAUUUUUAUUAAAUGGACUAGAAACGUAAAA